UACGGAAGCAUUUUUUUUUUUAAAAGCAGCUCUACAAAAUUAGACUUGCAGAACACUUUGACUUUAGGAUUUUUCAGGCCUGUGGUUCACCAGGAACAACAUUUUAACUGAGCAGUAGAGCCUUUUCCCUUCUACAGUUGUUCCAUGUAGCCAAAAUCCUGAAGUGAAAACGAGUGCUUUAGUCAGUAAGGGUGCUGUUGCUAAGCUAUGCUAGCUUUCAUGAUCAGCAAAUAAUUCUUCAUGUAAACAAAAUCCUCCUCCAAAACCAUGGGGAACGGAAUGAGCAAGGUUAUUGACGGUCUCUAUUUGGGAAAUAUAAGAGACUCAGAGAACCGAGAAAGUCUGUCUCAGAAUGGGAUCACGCACAUCCUCUCUGUGUACAACAACGCCAAACCGGUACUCGAGGACAUGACGUACCUCUGUAUUCAUGCAGCAGAUGCCUCUAAUCAAAACUUGUCACAGCAUUUUAAAGAGUGCAUCUGCUUCAUCCAUGAGUGUCGGCUUAACGGAGGGGCGUGUCUGGUUCACUGUCUCGCCGGAGUGUCGCGCAGUACCACCAUGGUGGUGGCCUACCUAAUGACCGUCACCACCUACAGCUGGGAGGAGUGUUUGUCUGCUAUUAAGGCUGUGCGAUCAUUUGUGGGUCCUAACUGUGGCUUCCAACAGCAGCUCCAGCAGUUCCAGAGGACACAAGUUUCAGAGUAUCGUGCUUGGCUCCGGACCAGCUACAGGCCCAACCCGUUUAAAGACCAGGAGCAGGUUUCGGCUUUACUCGUCCUCUAUGCAGAGAAGCAGGCGCAGGAGCAGCGGAGACGAGGAGACCAGGACUGGAUGAACCAGGCUUCUGGUGGUGUUUACGCUCUGCCUUAUAGCCGCUGUAAUAGAUGAGUGAUCUCUGUAGCUGCGUUAAAAAUGACUGCUGCUCACCUGUAAAAGAGUAUACACUACGCAAUAUCACUUUCACUGCUCUUCAGACUUUUAGGUUAGUGUGUCUGAAUUAAAUCAUAGCCAAACUCUUGAAUGUAUCAUCACUCCACUUCCAGUCAGCACAAAUAUACAGUAAAAAGCAGUUUAGUGGCUGCAGUGAUCACACUGAAAUCACUCUUUCUUAGGAAAGCACCUGUACGGAUCACUGCAGUGAAGUCUGCGUUCAUCAUCAAGUUGGUUUCCUCGUCUUUUUGUUGUUGUUGUUGUUGUUGUAUUUUUUUUAAUAAAUGUACACAGAUUACCCAGCCAUUACAAAGUUGUGAUUUUUUUUUUCAAUAAAAGUGAUCAGAUUACCUGUAUAAUGGGCAAGUUGUAUUUUUGCCUUUAAAAAAAUUAAUUAAUUACCCAUCAGGUUACAAGACGUUAAUUUAUCAAUUUUCAAGGAGUCAUUUUUCUUUUUUUUCCUGUGAAAUAAAAAAUGGUCUAAACUACCCGACCACUGGACAUUUUUACUUUUUUUUUAAUCACCUCUCAGAUUCCCCACACACUAGACAAUAAGUUGUAUAUUUUUAUUUGUAUUUAUUUUUCUGUUCAAUAAAAGUGGUCACAUUACCCAUCACCCAUCUGCUAGACACACUGUAUUUUUUAUUUACUUAUUUUUUUCCCUUUUAAAUAAAAGUAAUCAGAUUACA